AGAAAUAACAUUUCACAGUCUUUCAAAGGCGUCCAGACACAGAGGAGCAGGUCAUCACAGAAAUGAAGUCUCUUCCGAUACUAAGACCAGCUUGUGUGGCAUUAUGGAGACCAAACAGAUGUGUUUCCUGUUUACUUGUGCUGAUCAUCUAUCUGGGCUGUGCGGCAUCCUUCAACAUCAGCCCAAUGACAACAGGUCUGCGCUCUGCCUUUUCCGCCACACGUAGCAGCAGCAUAUUGGGUGGCACUCAGCGAUCUGUGACCUUUGACCGCCUUCUAGUCAACAUUGGAGAAGACUUCAAUCCAGAGACGGGCACUUUCCGUUGCCGCCUGCCUGGCGCAUACUACUUCUCAUUCACAGUGGGAAAGUUCCCGAAAAAGAUGCUGUCAGUCAUGCUGGUAAAGAAUGGGAUGGAGGUGCAGGCCAUGGCAUACGAUGGAUACCAGAACCAGGGCCGCAAGGUUCAAAGCCAGAGCGUGAUGGUCAGUCUAAAACCUAUGGAUUCAGUCUACCUGCUGCUUCAGGAGAAUCCCCACUACGCCAUCUACAGCAAUGUCGGACCGUACAUAACAUUUAGUGGUUAUCUCGUCUACCCAGACUCUACAUCUUCUGUUGGAUAUAUCAAUAACCACCUAUCUCCUCCAGGCCUCCAUCUUCCAGGUUGUCCUCCCCCUGUAGAUGCCUAUUAUGAUUGGAGAAGAAGAGCAACCACUGAGGAACCACGUUCUGCAUUUUCAGUGGCAAGAACUAGAUCAGCGCUGGGAGAAAGCAGAGGGCGUCGUGAAAGAGAAGCUCUCAAGUUUGACGUAGAGUAUGUGAACAUUGGUGGCCAUUUUAACAAAACAUCCGGACAUUUUACCUGCCACUUCCCCGGUGCGUAUUACUUUGCAUUUACUGUGGGAAAGCACCCUCGUCGUGCGGUUUCAGUGAAGCUGAUGACGGGCAGAGGCGAGGUGCGGGCCAUGGUGUUCGACGAGGACAUGUCGCGGCGGAGAGAGAUGCAGAGUCAGAGUUUGCUGCUGUCACUGAAAAGAGGAGACAGUGUCUGGCUGUACAGUCAGCAGGAUGACGGAUAUGCCGUUUACAGCAACCAGGGAAGAUAUACGACCUUCUCUGGUUUCCUGGUCUACCCUGACGGCGAAUUCAUGAACAUAGACAGAACUUUCCCUUGAGAACCAAAGCCAGCAACAGUACUGAUUAAUUCAUAAUUUAGUUUUUGUACUAAAUUAGUUUUUUGUUGUUUUUUGUACCUCUUAACAUAGUACUAUUGUUAUGUGCUUCUACACAUCACAAUCAUAAUGUAAAUAAAUACUGUAUAAUUUUUUGGGGGUAAAACUUCAUUACUGACUUAACAAGCAUUAGGGGUUUUCACACUUGAAAUAGUUAACCCUGGAUCAUUAUAAAUGGAAUCCUGCGAUAACAAUUUCCGUCACCAUUUGACAUUUUCCCUCUUACACCAAAAGGAGUGUUUAUACUAUGCGCUUAUGAGGCAUGCGAUUGGGUGUCUGUUGCUAAGCCUAGCCGUAACAUUAUACAUUAUAUAGCCUAACAUAUAUAGCCUAUAUAUAUAUAUAUACUGUAGUUGUUGCACACUGUACGUGUUCGGAGUCGCAAUGCGCAAAGGUUACCUGCUCCGGAGCAGGGUUUAUUACCCUGGGGAUAAAGCGGAGCUAACCCCGCUUCUAAAUUACAAGUGUGAAACGUAUACCUUCACUUUAGUUUAGUUUAGUUUAGAAUGGAGUUUAGAACGAUGUUAAAAGCCUUUAUGGUUAGCAGAUCAUUAGUUAUUGUACAUUAAAUUGGAACUUGAAUUCAUAUAUAGGCUAUUCAUAUUU